GCGCGUGCUCCGUGCGGGAUGCUGAAUUGUAGGUGAUGAUGGCGGAAGGGGAGCAGCGCUGAGUUUCAUCUGAGUUUUUACAGUCGCUGUAGAACCAUCUACAACAUCGUUUCUCUCCGUCGAGACCUUUCCCGAGGCGAUGGGGAACGAGGCCAGUAUGGAAGGGGAGGGACAGGCGGGACAGCCCGGCCCCGCCGUCCCUGCAGCAGGGGCUCCGGCUUCCAUUUCAGCACCACCGGACUCUGGACAGCUCAUCAAGCCGAGCAAUGGAGCGCCAGCCGGAGGAAGUGGGGCUGGACCCCGGCCGGGGAUUAACAGACCACCUCCGUCAGACCUGGGACCUAAAGCAGGAGUUGAGAGUGGUCAUGGGACAGGGGACAGGUUGGCCUCCCAUGACACCCAUCAGCAAAAAGGAGAGCAGGGCCAGGGCCAUGUGGCCAGGAAGAGUCUGCAUGUGGAUGUGGGUAGCAACAGGACAGGAAGGUCCCCUUCUGUGUCCCCGGACCGAGGCAGUGUCCCCACAUCCCCUUACUCUGUGCCACAAAUUGCACCCAUGCCGAGCAGCAAACUGUGCCCCGUCUGUAAAACCACCGACCUGACGGGCACUGGGGACGACAAGCCGAACUUCAACACCUGCACACAGUGCUGCUCCAUGGUGUGCAGCCAGUGUGGCUUCAACCCCAACCCUCACCUCACAGAGGUUCAGGAGUGGCUGUGUCUGAACUGUCAGAUGCAGAGAGCGUUGGGGAUGGACAUGACCACACCACGCUCCAAGAGUCAGCAACAGAUACACUCUCCUUCUCAUGCAGCCAAACCAGAACCUAAACCUGAUGCUUCGACUCAGCCUGCACCCCAGACACAGCCCUCUCCUCAGACACAGCCUCCAGCUCAGGCCCAUCCUCCAGCUCAGGCCCAGCCUCCAGCACAGGCCCAUCCUGCGCCUGGCACUACUAAACAGACUGGUCCAGCUGGCCCAGGUCAGCAACAAAUAAAGCUCCCUCCAGGGGCAGUCGCUCUCCCCGGCAUGGCAAAGGCCCCGUCUCAGCCGGAUCUGUCCCGCAACUCUCCCGCCCACCAACCACAUCAACCCCGCCAGGACCAGACUCGCAGUGCAGGGAGCUCCCCUUCACGGCAGCCCCCACCUCCAGAGCAGACUUUUGGGAAGUUGUUUGGCUUUGGUGCUUCUCUUCUUAACCAAGCCAGCACUCUUAUAUCUGAGACUACUCAACCCCAACAACAGCCCCCCAAAACGGCGCCCAAACCAGGAGGACCUCCUGGUCCUGGGCCUGGGGUGAGUAAACCCUCAGGACCUCAGCCGACACUGCAAGGGCCUCAAGCCCCUGCUCAGCAGCAACAACAGCACGCUCCACCAGACUCCUCUAAACCCAAAGCUUGUUGUCCUCUCUGCAAGACAAACCUCAACAUCGGCAACGUAGCAGAACAACCCAACUACAACACCUGCACACAGUGCCAUCAGCAAGUGUGCAACAUGUGUGGAUUCAAUCCCACUCCACACCUAGUCGAGAAGAAAGAAUGGUUGUGCUUGAACUGCCAGACGCAGAGGGCUCUGUCAGGAAGCUUGGGAGAUAUUCCAGCUCCUGUUUCACAGCCCUUAGGAUCCCCCCGGCCACCCACUACAGCCAAUCAACAACCACCUCAGCAGAAAGGGCCAAAUCAACUUUUAGGGCCUAGGCCCACAGGUCAUCAACAACAACAGAAACCACUGGGUCCCCAAGUAAGUGGCCCUGUCUCUCCUGUGAAACAUGCUGGGCCUGCCCCUAAUACCAAGGGGCCCAGCCAAGCUUCCCCUCAAACCAAGGGUUCUGUCCAACCUAUUUCUCAACCUAAGGGUUCAGCUCAGCCUACAUUCAAAACUAAGGGUCCAACACAGCUCUCAGCUCAGAGUAAGGGACCUCAAAUUAAAGGUCUUAAUCAAUCACAUGCUCAGAGUAAGGGCCCUGUUCAGUCUGCUAAUCAAAUAAAGGGCCAGAGCCAGGCCAAAGGGCAGACUCAGACAAAGGGAUCUGCUCAGCCCUCUGCUCAGGUGAAGGACCCUUCUCAUCCUUCUGGUGCCAAGGUCACCCCUGGUAAAGCCACACCCAACCAUGCCAAGGCCUCUCCCACCCCAUCAAAAACACUACCUACUCAGUCUAAACCCACAGGUAACAACCAGGUCCGCAAACAGCCGCAGAGCCAGGAGAAGACCAAAGUCACAUCCAAAUCUCUAAAAGAAGACGGCAAGGCCUCACCAAAGAAGGCAUUGUCAGAGACUGUCACUUCACCAAAAGACAUGAAGAUUGCUGAAGAUACACACAAGUCAAAACACCAUGAAGAUUACAUCAAAUCAAGUACACAGAGUCUAAGUGACACUGGAUACUCAUCAGAUGGGAUCUCCAGCUCUCAUGGGGAGAUUACAGGACAGAUCCAGGAAGAAGGAAUCAAACUCAGUGAAAGAGGUGCUUCCAUGCCCUCUGAAAUCACCAAGCUGGAGAGCUCCAUGAAGCCUUUGCUAGAGUCGGCAUCAGACCAGAAGCACAGGCCACAUUCACUGUCUGUAGGACAGGGCCGAGACUACAAUCCUGAUGAUGAUGCAGCAAGGGAUGAAUCAGAGGAUGAACUCAGUUGUAAGCUUCGCCAUGAUUAUGUGGAGGACAGCAGUGAAAGUGGUCUCUCACCAUUGCCAGUAAGACAGAAGAAGUCGCAUAAAGAUGUAACAGAUGAGGAAUAUAUGAGGAGGCAAAUUAUGGAGAUGAGUGCGGAUGAAGAGGAGAUGGAGGAACAUGGAAACCAGAAGACUAAAAGGGGACAUAAAACCAGUGGGGAUUUGAGCAAAGAGAGACGGCGACUCUCUCAUCAGUCUAAUAGUUUUGAGGAUGACACCAAGGCAUCAGAGGCUAAUGAAGAGGAAGAUGUUGUAAUGGCUGGAGGCCUUCGGCGUUUUAAGACCAUUGAGCUGAAUAACACCAGCAGCUACAAUCGAGACAUGGAGCUAAGUACUGAGCAUGACCUACGAGAACCAGAGCUAGAGAUGGAGAGUCUGACUGGUUCUCCCGAGGAGCGGUCCAAGGGAGAAUAUUCAUCCACCUUACCUGCCACCACUCCCAGCUACACCUCUGGAACAUCCCCCACAUCUGUGUCAUCCAUGGAGGAUGACAGUGAUAGCAGCCCUAGUCGUAGGGCAAGACUAGAGGAGGCAAAGCAGCAGAGGAAGGCUCGACAUCGGUCCCAUGGUCCACUACUUCCCACUAUCGAGGACUCAUCUGAGGAGGAUGAGCUCAGAGAGGAGGAAGAACUACUUAGAGAACAGGAGCAGAUGAGAGAUCUAGAGCAACAGAGGAUCCGCAGUACUGCUCGAAAAACAAAGAGGGAUAAAGAAGAGCUACGGGCACAGAGACGCCGGGAGAGAUCCAAAACUCCCCCCAGUAAUCUCUCUCCUAUUGAGGAUGCAUCGCCUACAGAGGAGCUGAGGCAGGCUGCAGAGAUGGAGGAGCUUCACAGAUCAUCAUGUUCUGAAUACUCACCAUCUAUGGACUCCGAGGCAGAGGGCUUUGAGAUGAUUGGUGGAAAGCUUUACAAAUCAGGAAAUGAAUAUAACCUUCCAACCUUCACGUCACUCUACUCCCCGACAGAAAAGACAUCAGCAACGUCACCAUCUGAUAAAACACUUAAGAGUGCAGAGGAGGUCUAUGAGGAGAUGAUGAAGAAAGCACAGCUCAUGCAGAGGCAAGGACAUACAAUUAAUCAGCAGAAAGGUGCCUCUCAGCCUGACAGUAAACAUCAUCUUGAAGCAGGAACUGUCCUAACCCCCGGCUCAAGCCCAACGCAGGUUACUGCACCUAUGUCCUUCUCCACAACAGGGAGUGAUCCAAGAAUUUCAGGAAUUCAUGCAGCACAGCAUCUAUCAAAAGAAACACAAAACAGGAUAAUGACACAGAGUGCCAAAAUUGAAGGUGUUGUUGGAGUUGCCACAACCAAAGCCCAAGUCAGUCAGACUGCCACAACUCGGCAGGCAGGUAGCACAGUGCCUGUUGGCAACAGAGCAGGCUCCCAGAAGCCAACACAGGCAUCACCUGACCCUGGAGCAUCCUCCCUAACCUCCAAAGUCUUCUCCCUUUUCAAAGGUCCCAGCCCCUCGGCCUCCCCCAAUGCUUCCCCAGUACAAAGCCCAACACAUACGCCAUCCAUGAGACCCACUGGUGGUAGUGGCAGGCAGCUACCAUCUUUGCCUGGUGGUCCUACAUCAGCUGCAGCAUCCCAUGGAGCUCAGGCACCUCAAAGGGCAAUUUCGCCACGUCUUACGCGACAGCAAUCCUCCCAAGAUUCACCAGUUAUGGUGAUAACACUAGGCUCUGAUACAACUAGUCCUGCCAAGCCAAUUACUGUAAAUUCUUCCACUUCCCCUUUGUCAUCACCAACACAGGUCAGUUGUAAAACAUUGUAUAGCUCCCAGCCCCCUUCGACUAGUUCCCCAACAUCACCACAAAUGCAUUUAUCACAACAGUCUCCUAAACGUUCCUUACAGAUGGCUCAAAAUUUUGAAAAAGUAAAUGUUGGUAUUAGCACUGUGACCACAACUGCACAUAGUCGUGGAUCUAUGGAAAACAUAUCUCUAUGUAAAAUGUCAAAUAUUCCAGGCUCUUCAAUGGUUGUGGGUCAUAGUCAGACACAUCCAAACACUAAUGUGGUGGAUCUGAGAGCCCCAAUGAGGCCGGCUCCAAUUAUAAUGACAGACCAGGGAAUGGACUUAACAUCCCUUGCCACUGAUACAAGGAGAUACUCUUUAGGAGCAGAGCACCCAUCUGGUCGACACACAGCAGUGCAACCUCUUAUUAUGAACCUGAAUUCACAAGAGCAACCGCACAUAUCUGUAUCAACACCGACCACAGUUAGUGUCACAGUUGCAGGUUCUAUGUUCAUGUCCCAACCCAAGCAACAAGUCGUGUAUGGAGAUCCUUUGCAAAACCGUGUGGAUUUGGGACAGGGUGUUGGAUCAGCUGUGUGUUUAACCCAGAGCAAGCCACCAAUUACUGACCCAUCUAUUCCCAAAAUUGAUGCCUGCCUGGAGAACCUGGGUAUACAACAGCAACAACUGCAGUUACAGCAGCAGAAGCUCUUGCAGCAGCAACAGCUUCUUGAGCAGCAGCUCCAGCAGCAUCAUCAGCAAUCCUCUUUUGCUCGUUACAAUUUAGCUAAUCAGGUCCAGCCACUGCUGAUGAAAAAAGAUCUUGUAGUGAGCCAGACAAGCAGUGCCCAGCCUGCAGUGACUGCAAGUGCCAUUCCUAGAGCAUCCCCACUGGCUUCACCAUCAGUGUCUGGGGCUCCUGCUUCCAAUGCUCCCCAUGAAGUCUAUAGUGGAGUUGCCUUAGAGCUAAAAAACAAGCCAACAGUAAUGAACUUGUCCACAGGGAAGCCCCAUGUUAUGAUGGUGCAAUUAGAUGAAAGUAACACAUCACAGGGGGGCACAGUUACUCAACUCGUUACGAGAGAGGAACCUCCUCCCCCUCCUCAGGUUUUGGAUCUCACUGGACAGAUCAAACCAGAAAACCAAGUGGCUUGUUGUGAUGUUGUUUAUAAAUUGCCCUUUGCUGGUUCCUGUUCAGGGUCAUUCAGUCAGAAGCCUACAACAGUAUCUUCAGAUAAAAACCCCAUCACUGAAACCUCUCAAGCAGCCCACCCUGCCCAUCCACCACAUUACAAUGUCAGCCAACAACAACAACAACAUCAUAAUCAACAUCAUCAACAACAGCAACAGCAGCAGCAAUAUCAACAACAACAACAACAACAACAACACCCUCAGCCUCAAGGAGUGACAGAGGAACAUAAACCAUAUCAACAACCCACAGUCCCCUCAGGAAGAAUUCAGCCCUCCAUGUCUGAUACUAAUCUACCCUCCAUGACUGAUGCUGGUCACUAUCAGAGUAAUGCCCAGGGGGGUCUGGCAGUAGAUCUAAGCAGCAUGAAUCAGGCUUAUGAUGGUGGAUACCUUGGAAUUGGAGCACAGUAUGGUUCUUACACAGACUUGCGUCACCAAGGAGAUGUUGCAGGCCCUUCAUUACCCCUUCGCCGAUAUGGCUCCAUGUCAAAUAUCAAUUCCGACUAUGCCUACACUUCACGUGACUUAACAGGACCACAGGACUCCAAUCUGGCUCAGUACAGUGCAACCACUGCCAGGGAGAUCAGUCGUAUGUGUGCGGCUCUUAACUCUGUGGACCAGUUUGGGAGCCGUUAUGGAAAUAACCCUGAACUUGUACCAUAUGGGGCUGGAAGGGGUGGUCCCUUAGCUAGGCUAAACCUCCAGCAAAGCUUAGCAUCAAUAAGAGCAAAUCUACUGUAUGGCCCAGAUGGAAGACCAACAGCAAAUGGCCAAACCCUAACAAACCUAAUAAAUGCUAGACAAGCAAGUAUACGGGCUUUGUACCCUGCUGCUAUGCGAGGAGGUGAUGGCAUGAUAUAUUCCACCAUCAACACUCCCAUAGCCUCCACCUUGCCAAUUACCACCCAGCCUUCCUCUGUCCUUCGCCCCAUACCUAGAGGAAUUUACAGACCUUACCCUACAGGUGUAACUGCUGUACCAUUGGCUAGCCUUACCAGGUUGCCUCAAGUGACUCCCAGAAUGCCUCUGUCCACGCAGGGACCAUAUUCCUACCCUACUCCAAACCAGUAUCCUACUUCAGCUACACCAUCAGGAAAUGUGCCUGAUGCAAGCAGCUCACACCAGGAAACUCCUAUGUACCUUGGAAAGCCUUUAACAACAGUUGCUGCUCAAACAGCUGCAACCAUUCCACCCACCCAACCUGCAGCACACUUAGGAGCACAAAAUGUACCAGCAACUGGUAUACAAACCACGUCAGAUCAACAGAUAGACCGCACUCAACUUACUUCACAGAGUGUUACGCCCCCCUCUCAAGCUCAAGGUCAUCUUCCAACUGUUCAGCCAUUGCAGGCUCAAAUGCAGCCACACCAUUUACCUACUCAAACUGAACCUUUAUCUUUGACUCAAAUCCAACCUCAAGUUCAACCCCUCAGUCAACCUCAACCAUUAGUUUUGCAACAGGGUCAGCCACAAGCGACACCCCACUGCACUGCCCUAGCACAGAGUUCCAAUCUUUCUCCUCCCAUGGAACCCCAGAAAUCUAAGGAAGAUGAGAGACUGAGUCAGCAGCAAGAGCAUGUGUUGCAGCUAGAGCGAGAGCGUGUUGAACUGGAAAAAUUACGGCAGUUGCGCCUACAUGAGGAGCUUGAAAGAGAUCGUAUGGAGCUUCAGCGGCACAGAGAAAAAGAACAACUAAUCGUUCAGCGUGAGAUUCAAGAGCUGCAGACAAUCAAACAGCAAGUCCUACACCAACAGCAGGCAGAGCGGGAGACACAGCUCAUUAUGCAAAGAGAACAACUGGCCCAACAGAGAAUGCAGCUUGAACAAAUUCAGUCUCUGCAGCACCAGCUUCAGCAGCAGUUGGAGGAGCAGAAAAGGCAAAAGACGGCAGCAGUGGAGGCAGCGGCUGCUACUGCAGCAGCGGAGGCAGCAGCAGCGGCAUCAGCAGUGGCGGCAGCAGCAGCGACAUCUGCCCAGGGUGCUAUACAAGGGGUAGUUGUUGGAGGAGGGCCCCCUCAAGGGUUCAUUAUUUGUGACCAGAGUGGUAGAGUUAUUCAACAAGAUGGACAGACUGUUAAAUUUUGGCAGGAUGGACAAGUAGUCCAAGCCGUGGUGGCUGCUCGACCUAUUCAUAGUUCUGCCUCUGAAAUGUCAUUGAGAAGCAGUGACAAACAGGCUGAUUCCAAGAUUAUGAAAAAGCAGAAUUCCAUGCCUCGGCUGAGGGAUGGCUCAGAGGAGGACGCUGUGAAGAGGAUUACAGACAGCUGUGUGCAAACAGAUGAUGAAGAUGGAGAGGACAGAUUCAUGAACAGGCGCAGGAGAACAAGGCGUAUUGCGGACUGCAGUGUGCAGACUGAUGAGGAGGACCAGGGAGAUUGGGACCAGCAGCCAGUGAGGCGCAGGCGAUCACGUGUAUCAAAGCACUCUGAGUCCAGUGGUGAGGCUAAACCAGAAGGGUCAUCUAAAGUGGCUUCUGCAAGUAUAGCUAUUCAGACCACAAAUGAUUCAUCAUGCCAAACAGAGCCUGACCAACUUAGCAGGAUUUCACCUGCUAUCCACAUUACCAUGGCAGAGACCUCAAAGGUUGAUCUAUUACAUUACAUAGCAGCCCCUGAAAGGACCCACAAAGGAGAGAGUCUGGCCUGCCAGACAGAACCAGAGUCUCAGUCUCAGGGUGUGGUCGUCCCCCAGCUGAGUGUCCCUACAACUAUUAGUCCGUACUCCACAAGUCUGCAUAUAGUAGGUGCGAACACAACUGAACCAACCUCUCCUCGACUCCAAGGAGUUGCUAAGUUUGAGAGGAGAAAACCAGACCCCUUGGAAAUUGGCUAUCAACAAAAUGAGUCUCCUUCUCGCCAGCCCCCCAAAUCUCCCCAGGUGCUAUACUCCCCUGUAUCUCCACUGUCUCCUCAUCGCAUGCUGGAGACAACAUUUGCCUCCCAGGAGAAACUUAACAAGGCCCACGUUACACCCCAGCAGAAGGCCUUUACUGCCGAAUCACCCCAGCGCCACCAGACCCUACCAAGACCCAUAAAAAGUGUGCAGCGCUCUAUGUCGGAUCCCAAGCCUCUCAGCCCCACAUCAGAUGACACUGCCAAGAACAGGUUCUCCCCAUAUCAUCAGCAAGCUAUGUCCAACAGUCAGAUGGCCUCCCUGCAGCAGCAGCAGAACUCUCUGAUGAGGAAAAUAAAGAGAACUCUCCCCAGCCCCCCUCCAGAGGAGACUUCGCUCCCUAUUGUUACUCCAGCACAAAUGUACAGCUCUCCUGGCAUGCCCCAGAGGGUCCUACCCAGACCUGCCCAGGGAGUCACCAAGGCUGGCCUACUGAGUGAACUGAAAGCUGUGGAACAAGAGUCGUCAAAGCUCCGUAAGCAGCAGGCUGAACUGGAGGAAGAAGAGAAAGAGAUUGACGCCAAGCUGCGUUACUUGGAGCUAGGCAUCACCCAACGUAAGGAGACCAUGGUGAAGGACAGGGAGAGGAGAGAGCUGGCUUACCUGAGAUGUAUGGGUGAUGCUCGCGACUACAUGUCUGACAGUGAGCUCAAUAAUCUCAGGCUGGUAGCUGCAACAGGAACCUUUGAUGCUAAUGGUCUGCUGACAAGGCCCAGCACUGCACCAUUGAGCCAAUUUACAAAUGAUCUUAAUGUAACCUCCCAGUAUCCCUCAACCUCAUCCUAUAUGUCUUAUCCAUACCCUCAAAGUCAACCAUCAACACAGCAGCCAGGGUCUGCUUACCAACAGAUAGGUUUCCAACCUCCUCAGUACCCUUCAUCCUCUGCACCCCAGCCAGGAACAUUCCAGCCCCAUCCCCCACCAGGCCCUGGCUACCAGAACCAGGGAACCUAUUCCAAUCGCAUGUAUGCCCAGUCCUCCUACCAGACAGACCUUGGCAUGCAGCAGCAUGGUCACCAGGGCUUCCAUCCACCUGGUCAGCCUAUGCCAAGCCAGAGCCUUCCUUACCCUAGCCCCUAUCAACCUGGUCUCUCCUAUCAGCCCCAGGCAGAGAUCCUUACAGUCCAUCAAAGACCACGGCAAACCUCUUUGGCUGACCUUGAGCAAAAACUCCCUACCAACUAUGAAGUCAUCAGCAACCCAGCAGUGUCAGUGGCCACAUCAGCUCCAGAUACCAACUUUGGCUCAGUCUACAGCAAUACGUAUGGGCAGUACCGCCCCCCAGAGCCUGGGUUGACUCACUCUGCGGAAAGCCCCACCUCUGCUUAUGCUUCAGAUGGACUUUACACUUCUAACCUGGAGCAGAAUAUUCCUAGGAACUAUGUCAUGAUUGAUGAUAUCAGUGAGUUGACAAAAGACAACACUAGCCAAGCUACUGAUGCUCUAAGCCAUCCUGUGGGAGGGCGGUAUCGCAGUGAGAAUGGCCCUGCACGUGGAAGUGCCUACAGUAGGCCUGAAGAUGAGCCUGUGGAUGCUUAUGGCAGACCUACAGGAACAACAGGGUACCAGAGUGCAGUGGACAGUCGCACCAGCACCACAGGAAGUGGAGGCUCAUCCUAUUACUAUGAUGAUUAUAAACACCCAUCACGGAGCAGCUCCAGUAGCCACAAACUUGCACCCAAGAAUCUCGCCCCUGCAGUAGUCUCCUCUAAACGUAGUAAGCACAGGAAGCAGGGAAUGGAGCAGAAGAUUUCUAAAUUCUCCCCUAUUGAGGAAGCACGGGAUGUAGAGUCUGACCUUGCCUCUUACACAAUGACCACAUCAACAGGAGGCAGCUGUACAGUUGUGUCCAGAUCCAAGAAGCUUCAGGAUGAUGUCACCUACGGAAUGAAGAAGAAUGCAUAUGACCAGCAGAAAUAUUAUGGCACCAGUCGUGAAGGUCUUGAGGAGGAGGACCGCAUGUACAGCUCUGGUAGGUCCAGGUCUACUGGAUAUGGUAUGGACAAGAUUUCCUCCAGAGAUGCCACAGGCCACAGAAGUAAAUCCUACGAGAGGGAUGCCAUGGAGCGGUCUCAGAGAAGCAGCCGCAGUGGAAGGCCUCCCAUGCGCAGCCAGAAUUCAGAAGAGGAGAGUCCACUCAGUCCUGUUGGGAAGCCUGUAGGCAUGGGAAGAAGCUCUGGCAUACCAGACGCCCAUGAUGCGAGGAAUCAGUAUGGCUCCAGCCAUUCAUUGCCAGAUGUGCAGGACCAUCACAAGAAGGACCUGCCCAGAAGUCAUGUAUAUAAACCAGAUGACCCUUACCUUGUAGAUGACAUGCACUGUGCUGUGUCUGACAGUGAAGCCUAUCAUUUGGGCCAAGAGGAGACUGAUUGGUUUGAGAAGCCACGGGAGGCCCGAUCUGAUCGCUCAAGACAUCAUGGAGGUGGAGGUCACUCAUCCACAGGCAGGCGUAGUAAACAAACCUACCAUGAUUAUGACGAACCUCCAGAGGAAUACUGCCCCCAGGAUGAGUACAACCAACCGCGCCACUCCUCCACAACAACACGGGAUCACCGUCACCAUGGCAGCAUGGCUUCCUACGCAGUUUUUCGCCCCCCCCCCCAUCCCAUUGUCGUUUCUGAUGGCAGAGGCUCCUCGUCUACACAAAGAAGGGGUGGUCUAGACUCCCGUUCUACCCAGGGAAGCCCCCGGAACUCAGGCGACUUCUCUCGAGACUCAGCCUCAGGUCAUCACCCUGGCACUGGGGGACGGAGCCAGAGACCCCAAGGACCCACAACGUCCAGAAGGCAGGAGCCCUCUGCAGCAGGGUGUAAACCACAGCAGCAGCAGCUCUCUCAGGGCCAUGCUGGGCACCAGCCCUCUCAGGGCCAUGCUGGGCAACAGCCCUCUCAGGGCCUUGAUGGGCAGCAGCCCUCUCAGGGCCAUGCUGGCCAGCAGCCCUCUCAGGGCCAUGCUGGGCAGCAGCCCUCUCAGGGCCAUGCUGGGCAGCAGCUCUCUCAGGGCCAUGCUGGGCAGCAGCGGUCAGGUGGUCAGGGCCAGUCUGGUAGACAUUCAGGCUCUGAACCACUUGAUGGUAACCAGCAGGCCCAGCAGCAACAGCAACAGCAACAGCAGCAGCAGCAGCAGCAGCAACCAUCCCUGCAGCACAGCCAGACCCCUCAGAGCAGCCAGCCAACAACAACCACUGUAGGAGCUGGACCGGCACAGCAGCAGCCCAAAUCUGGCCAAGCCCCACCACAGGGACGCCAACCAGGAGUAGGGUCUGCAGCAGUGCAGCCAGCCCUCACAGCGACAAAAAUGGAUGCUACACCUGCAGCAGCAGCAGCAGCAACAACAGGAAUUAAACCUACAACAGGAGCCACAACAACACCUCAGCCUAUCAAAAUAGCUACACCUCCUCUUACAGGCAUUGGCUCCAAGGCCCCCCCUGUUGGGAUCGGUAGCAAACCUGUAGGUAUAGGCAACGCCGCACCAGGACAGGCACCUGCUGAAGGGGAUAAUGUUCUCACUAAAAUCCUGCAAGGAGGGGCAGCAGAGCAGGCGGGAAAACUGGGAGAUGCUCUGUCUGGCCUUGGGAAGAAGUUCACUUCAUUUUGGUGAACUAAAAGAGGAGGGAUAUGCAGAGUUGAAAUGAGAUGGAUUGGAAGCUUUGUACUAUGAAAAACCUAUGAAACUGCAUUACAUACAUUUCACAUUACAGAGGAAAUAGAGGAAGAGAGAUCCUGAGUGUAUCAAGCUUGAAUCAAAGGAUGCCUUGUCAGCACUGAAUUCCCUAGACAUGGGCACACGAUUGAAGUGAAUUAAAUAAGGGUGAUUGCUUCGUCAGCACGGUGUUACAAAACAUGAGCAGAGAGCUGAAAAGGCCUGAAAGUAAGUGGAUGCCUUGAUAGAACUACAGUCCCAGAAUGAUGAUUGUGGAGAUGUCUGAUGCCUCAUUGGACCAAUGGAGGACAACAACGGCCAAUAAUGAGGAUGUGGAGAAGCGGGGGAGAGAGUCACCCUUACCCUCCUCCUCCUAGAACGCCUUCUGGGAUCUGUGUGACAGUAAAAGUCCCGCUAACUGAGGCAUCUGGAUAUCAUAGGACAAAUUCAGCGUGUUUGGCCAUGCGUGUCCCUUUUUUCAAACAGCCCAACAAAGGAAGCCUCACAGCGCCCUCUAUUGGAAUUUUAAUGGAACACCACUCAUGUCUGGGGAAUACAAAUCUGGCAAGGAUUUUUUAUUCUACAUUGAUGUCUUCACAGCCUUUUCAUGCAAAACACAGUGGAAAAAAGAAGAAGACAGAUUUUCAUAGGUUUUUCUUGUAUCAAAGAUACUGAUCUUAUGCCCACAAUGGUGUCACAUACCUGGAGUAGACGAGGUGUAUCAUGGCAAUGACAACCAACCUGAUGACUCCAAUACAAUCCUUGAAUGCUUGGUUUCUCUAAUCUCUACAGUACAUUCCAGUAAAGGGAAUUUGACCCUUUCUUUGAAUGUGUUUUUAUUUCUCCUCUUUUUGUUUUAAUGUCUACAGAAUGCAUUGUGUAAAUGUGGACAUGCGAAUGCACACAAAAUUAUUUGAAAAACUGAAAAAAAGAAGCCCAUAUGAAUACUUUAUCACCACCUUUGAGAUGCCACUAGUCAUCAGCUGUAGUUUUUUAGGGAAGGGAAGUACUACCAGUGUGCCCACAAGUGUGAGAUUCACACAGAUGAGAGGACCAAAUGAAAGAGUGGCCACGGCUUGAUUAGCCAUCACAAAGCCAUUGUUAUAGUCAGCCCAACGCUCUGGGGCUGACUAUAAAAAGGAUAAAGUCCCAGAGAGGACUUUAUCCUUUUUAUUGAUUUGUCUCAUCUUUUAGUUUCUUUUUGUUUUUGCCUGAUAUUCACUGAAUGGAAGAGCCUUAUUCAGUACAUGAUUUCACUUGUAUACCUCAUAUGUUUUAAAAUGUCCAUGUCAUAAUGCAUUCUUUUUACACAACUGUAUACUAUUGUAUGUACAUAAAACAAAUCAGAGAUCUAAUUAUGUAAAUUUUUCAUUUGUGUAUUUAUGGAAUCACUUUCCAGUGAUUUUUGUUCUGUGUUUUUCUUUGGUAAAACUUUAUAUUUUUCACUUUUUAUUUGUUUGAAUCUGUUUUCUUGCAUCAAAUAAUUUGCUUGUUGUUUUUAAAAGCAAUAGCAUGCAGAAAAUGGUAUAUAGCACAAUCGUAUAAAUGUUGUUUAAAUUAGUGAUGGGAAAUAUCAAACACUUCUGUCGAUAAAUAGCCGUAAUACAAUUUGUCAGAGGGUUUACAACCACAGUACCGCGUUCAGACGUGCAUGUUAUUUGCAGAUGCAUAAGAGCAUGCAGACAGGUACGAACACACUCACACAGACACUCUCUCUCUAUCUCUCUGCAACCACACACACACACACGCACAGGCACACACAUUUUACACAUCACACACUUUAAAUCAUAGUUACAUUUCAGAGCCAACAAAGUUAAUUGUGUUCUCCACAGAAUAGACCUGUUAACCUCCUGCAAAUUAAUGAGGUUACCAAUUCACCAACAAGAUGAUCUCACUAACAAGUUGGGCCCACUGCCUCUAAUUGUGCAAAGACACACACACACACACACACACACACAAACACACACAUACAGAUAUAGGAGAGGAUGAAAGCAAUUAUCAAUUAAAAUGUUCUAUGCAAUGACUCAUUUUGAACCUGGAAGUGAUUCUGCCUAAACAGGUUGUUAUCAUCAUUGUAUUCACAAGAAAACAACAAAAUUAUGAAUUAAAAUAGUAAAAAAAAGAAAGAAAAAAAGGUCAUGAAAAUGUUUUUACUUAGCAACUUGUCUGUAUGAAUUUGAAUAUUGAAUAGAAUUGUUUUUAUUUUCGUGGCAUGUUUUGACCCCUCACUCCCAACACGGGGGACUCGUUGCCAAAGGGUAAACUGUGUAUACUGUAGGUUUUGAAUGCCCACCAUCAUGUUGCUUUGAAGCAUGGGUUUGCUUGGCUUUGUCUGGCUGUUUGUAAGCCCUCAUUCAGUUUUUGUGCGUUUUGGCUGACCUGGGCUCCUCAGUGUUUGGCUUGCAGUGACUGUGCGUGCUGCUAUAAACCUGUGAUACAGAUGGUCAGCACUUCUCAUUAAUACUUGUCAGUGUACAUAUUGGGUGUCAGUAUAACCUGUGGGGUGAAUGGAAUGCUUCUAUUGGAUAUUUCAUUGUUGAUUAAACCACUCAGCAGCCAAGCCAUUGGAAAAGUGCAUGAUUAGAUCUUAUAUUCUUGGAAGUUGUACCUGAAUUAAAAAAGGGUAAGGCAUGAUUCACCAAGGUUUGCCUAAUGAACCUUGACUUUCACAGGCCAAUGUAGAGAAUAUUGAUGAGUGAAAUGUUCAGCCAGUCAUUCACAAAUCAGGGCAUGUCAUUUUGAAAGCACAAGCCUGACUGGUAGCACUUGCUGCUGGAUUAAACGCAGAAAUAUGGAGGUUGCGUAACAGUGCCUCCAACUGAACAGUGUAAGAUCUAUAUAAAAGCGAGGUGGAGAUGCUAUCUGGUCGAUGUGAGGUGCACGAGACAAAACAGCCUAAAGUGCAGCCAUCUGAUUGACAGAAAGGCAGACAGACACACAUUCUUACUGUAAAUAUGAAUUCAUUCUUCUGUACAGCUUAUGAGUUUUGAGUACGGCUGUCAUGUGCAUCCCAAUGCCGUAUUUGCUGCCAACUUUUGUGUAUAAAAAGAAAAUUUAUUACCACAAUAAUGAGGAUGAUGAUGAUGAAACUAAUGAUGAUUAUUAUUAUUAUUAUUAUUAUUAUUAUUGCAUAAGCAUAGUGUAUGUGGCUGACUUGUAUUGACUGUUUACAACAGUGGAACAAAACUCGUAUUCAGAAACAUAUCCAGUCUGUGUAUAGUUUCUAUACAUAUUGUGUUUGUAAAACAAGAAGAAAGAACCUCCUCAGCAAUUGCAGAGUAGAAUGCCUUUGUCAGACUAUCAGGAGGUCUUCGAUUUGAUGGAUAUGAUCUGCAAGGUGAUGAGGGUAAGGGAAAAAAAUUUAAAUAAAAAAUCUGGAAAAUGUCAUUCACUGUUGUAAGUGCAAUGGGCAAAACGUCAGUCGUGUAUCCAUUGUGAAACCUUGUGUUCUAUUCAGUGUAUUCCUGUAAACAGAUAGAGUAAAUUUUGGUGCAUCAUGUCAAGUAAUGUGAUUAAUGAAAAUAUUGACCCUGCAAUUUCCAAACAGAGAGAAGAAUAAAAAGAAAAGGAAUA